AUGACCGACGAAGAAACCGAAGACGACGGACGGAUCAUCAGCUCAUUCGGCGGCCGUGGCAAACGCCUCUAUGAGAACCGCCUCUUUGAUGACGAUGGCGAAGCCGAGCUCUCUGAGCGCAGGCAGAAGAACGAGCCUCUGGCCGCAGGCGCCAACACCGCCAACCGCAACAAGACCUUCGCUUCGCAAUUUGAGCUGGGGGAUGAAUCGCCCGACGCCAAGGAGAACAAGCCUACCCAAAAGCACGAUGCACACAAUAAGAUGAUGGAAUCCCACUGGGAUAACUACGACGAGCCGUCCCCCCAGGUCCCUACCCAAAAGCACGAUGCACACAAUAAGAUGAUGGAAUCCCACUGGGAUAACUACGACGAGCCGUCCCCCCAGGUCCCUACCCAAAAGCACGAUGCACACAAUAAGAUGAUGAAGUCUCACUGGGAUAACUAUGAGGACCCUUCCCCGGAGCCUAUUAGGAGAAAUGCCACCGCGCAGCGCAAUCCUCUCGGCCACAAUCAGCCCAGCUGGAACCAUGGAGACGACAACUAA